UGGUAGAAAAUUGACCAAAUUUAUCGCUUUUCACGUUUAUUUCCACUACUUACUUAAAAAUGGAGUAAAUACGCCUUGUUGGGUGUUAAAUAUAGCCACAACGUGAGUAAUUUUUGCACGCAAGAAAGACGAUCAAAAGUUCUUUCGUCAAGCUUGGCCGCCAUGAGUGAACAGCUGAAAUACAUCGUAGACGAACUGAAUAAGGAGCCUUUCAAGAGGAAUUAUAAUCUGAUAAGGUAUACAUUUCACUUUUUUCAUGAUACUGAGAAUUUCAAGGCGAAUAUAUAACUUGUGAGCUCAUACAAUUUUGGAAUUUAUUGCCAGUGAUAAUAAAUUACAUAUGUGACAAAUUUAUAUGAAAUAAAUCAUAUAUGAGAACCAAAUGAAGAAUGAUCCCAGCAGUUGUGAACACAUUUCUGCAGUUCUCAUAUAUGAUUUAUUUCAUAUACAUUUGUCACAAUCAUCUCUUACGGGAACGUAUGAACACAUAAUUGACCAGCUGCCAACGUCAGUGGCUUCAUAGCUAGGUAGUUGGUUAGAGCAUCGCACUGGUAUCGCAAGGUCAUGGGUUCAAAUCCCAUGGAAGUCCUGAAUUUUUUUCAGGCUUCAUGCCUAAGUAAUUGGAGGGUAGGUGCCAUCACAUGCACGCUUAAAUGGCUUUUUUUUUUCACUGCUCGGCAAAAAAAAUUCUUGGAAUUUCUUGUGUUUUGAUUUUAAAAACCUAAAAUAUCACAAAUUUUGUUGUAGUUAUGAUUAAUUGGUAGCAGAUCUUCUUGUCAUCCAAUUUGGUCUGUAAUCAUACUCGUGAUUAAUCAAAUCGGAGUCCCACUACGCGGUCGUCUGAUUUUGUUUAUCACUCAUAUCAUUACAGACCGAACUGGACUCUGUUCCGUUACCAUUAUUUAAUUUGAUGAUAGAUGAAAUUUUUCUUUCAGUUUUGAUUCUCUUCAACCACUGCAGUUACUGCAAGUACUAAAUGAUGUGUUUGCAGAGAUUAAUCCUCAGGUAAUGUAAUAUUGAGGUAACAAAAGCAAAAAAAGUUCAUAUGAUAACAAAACAUAAUGUGCUUCCCAUCUGACACCAUACCAGUAACAGACGCUAGGAAUUUGGUGGUCAAUGUAAUUUUAAUAUUAUUGUAUUCAUAUUUUAUUUUGUAGCACAAAAUAGAUCUUCGUGAUGAAGACCCUGAACAAAUGGCAAAGAGAAUGUUUACAUUCUUGAGAAUUCUUAAAUUCAAGCCAAAAACAGAAGCAGGGAGUCUGUAAGUAAUAUCUAGAUCUUGUUAUCCAUAACAGUCAAAACAGUGAAACUACGAACACUAAACCCCAAAUUUUUCAGGAGUGUUUAUUGUGUUAUGACCAGUAACAACAAAGAUCAGGACAGGUGAUCUAGCUACAAACAUGUAAAUGUUCUUGCUUGGGGUUUAGUUUCUCACACCCAAUUGGCUUUAUUCUUGCAACCCAAUAAUGAUUACAUUCCAGAAAUAUUUCUGCUGUUCACGGUUUUCCCAGUUUGACUGUAAGAACUCAACAAUUCUAACUCCUUUUAACUCUUUGAACCAUUCUGUCAGGCAAAAUAAAUUUCUCUCUUUUUUUUAUCAUUCUUUUUAGGAGUGCCUUCCGUAAUGGGCUCAUCCAAGGUGACAAGCUGGUUGUGUAUCCCAUUUUACAAUGGCUGUUUGAAAACCUGGCAGAAUUAAAGAAAAGAGCUUACCUGGCAAGAUACCUUGUUAAACUUGAUGUGCCUCCAGACCAGCUGGCUGAUCAGGAACUUUAUGAGCUUCAUGAAAAUGUAAGUAUAACCUUUAAUAGAUUAACCGUGGCAGGAUUAGCUCAGUUGUUAGGGCGCUUGACAGCAGAGCAGGAGGUCGCGGGUUCGAUUCCCGGGGGUUGGACCAAUACUCAAGGUCUUGAAAUAACUGCGAAAUGAAGGUACUUCCUUUGCACUGCAAGCGGCUAGACCUUCGCGUGGCUCGGAUGACCACAUAAAAUGGCAGUCCCGUCUCCAGUUGGAGAUGUAAAAAUAUUGUCCCCAUUUAGUACUUUCUUGCUAAAUACUUUCACACUCAAGUAAAGUGCAGUUUAUUCAUUCUCAGAGACCCAGGGCAGCUGGUCCUGCAGAUAACUUUUUCCUGGGUGAAAGAUAACUUUGUAGUCCCAACUAGCUGACCCUGUGAAUUUGAGGUGAUAGAUGGUUAUCCUCACACAUGUUGAAAUAUGAAUUUUUGCCAAGGUUAUUAUGUUUCCUGGGGUUUAAGUCACUUGUACAUGUAUUGAUAAUGCGUUUGAUUAUUUCUAAUUAGUAUUUAGAAAUGAUGGAACAAUUUAAAGAGUUGCACAAGACAGUGGAACAACUAAGGACAUCUGGAUUAUCAACAGGAGAAAUGAAAAAGGUUAGGCGAUCAUUUUAGCACCUGUUAUUCUAAUUUUGCGCAUAUUGCAGAAGGUUGGUUGAGGAAAUGGCUCUGGUACCACAAUUUAAUUCAAAGAUAUCAGGUUAAAGUUCACUUCUGAUGAUGCACCUGUAAGUUUCAACCCCUCUUAAAAUCAUUACACUUUUAUUUUGUCAUACUUUGAACUUUAAAAUUAAUUUAUGUAUUUUUUUAAAUUUUGCACAGGAUAUAGUGAAUAUGGAGGAUGAAAAGGAGCAACUUCACAAGAGAAUUGACAGGAUGCAGAAAAAGGUAUGGCACAGUUUACAUCUAUGGUAAAACGCCAUGGCAUCUUUGCAAAGAUUUAAAAUGGAAGUCAUUAUAACUUUAUUUUCUGUUAAAACUUUUUAAGGUCGAAAAUGUGAGGAACUACGAAAAGAUGUUACAAGCAGCUCGGACUUUGCGGGUUGAAAGAGAGAAAGAACACACUCUUGCUCAGCAAAAACUGGAACAGAAAAACCAGGUUAGUUUUUCCAAAAAUAUCAUUCAUUUUGAACUGCGACAGCUUGGGAAUUUUCGUUACUUUCCAGCUGAAAACUUUCUGAUCAAGGAAUAUCAUUGUUCUUUGAUUGUAGUUUGUCCACUCAGAACAGCGUUAUCAACGCAUGCAGCAACAAUUGAAGGAUCUGAGAGCACAGGGCGUCGGCACAACUGGAGCAGGUACAGUAGACUCUCUCUUAAUGGAUAAUACUUAGAGUUGUUCCCCGCCUCUGUUUACUCCCCGAUGGACAUCACUUAUACUUUGACACUUCGUGCUGCUCCCAAAGUUGUCCAUCUUAGAGAGAGAUGACUAUAUCUUUUUUAUUAUUUUGAUAUGACCUGAAGUGUUCACAGUUUGCUGAUCCAAUUCAAGAUCUGAGCCUCAAUAUUUUAUACCUGCACAAAUUUCUUUAGCCGGGUAUUUAUUCAAAUUCUGGGCUGUUAUGUUGUUUUAGGCCAAUAAAAAGUGAAUAAACUAAUUUGCCCUGAUUGAUUUUUAAAAUCUGCCAAAUGGCAACUCCUAGUUUGGGCAAAAUGUACUCUACUUUGCAUCUAAGAAGAGCUUGAUGUUGAAUAUUUCCAUGAAGUUAACUGAUGACUAUUCUGUUGAUGACAAAUAAAGAGACAAUUUAGAUGGUGUUUUUACUUACAGAUCUUAUAAAGAGGCUGGAAGAGGAAAACAAGGUUAACAUGUAUCUUUGUCAAGAAAAACUGCCAAAGGUAUGAUGUUUCAGCUUCUACCUACAUUAAAAACAGUCGUUGCCAACAAGUGGCCUCGCGAAGACUCGAGGCUGUGAGGCGAUAGCAUUAUAAAGCCAUAUGUGAAACUUCCAUGGCAGAAUGAAUCUUGAAGCAAUGUACCAUGAGUGCUCAUACAUUUGUUGUUUGAAUUAAAAGGAACUGGAAGGCAAAAAGAAGUAUGCACAAGAUUUGCAGAAGGUUGCAGAUGAACCAGCCAUGGGACAGAAUGACAUUGAUGAACUCAACAAACGAGUAAGACAGAUAUAUUUUUACUUCAAAGAUAAAAUUCUUUUCGGGAAAACCACAUUAAUUUUGUCCAUUACAGUAACAGUUAAGAUUUGUUUUGUAACUCAAAAAACUCCACAUAACUCUGGUGAUACCCUUAGAUUCAUUAGCAUUGUAGCAUUGUACUAAGGGAAGAAGUGGCAAAACUUCUACCUCAGCUUGCAGCUAGCAUCUGAGUUUUUUCUCUGUUAUUAAAGGCAAAUGAAAGGUAUAAGAGAACAGGGCAACUUUCUGCUAAAGUGCAUAUUAAAUAUUUGAUCAGUAAAGUUAGAUCUUGAAUUAAUUGUAUAUAACUCGGGGUUUAUGGCUCUGAGGACUUUAAAUUUGGUUGGCCCAAAAACUGAAAGAAUAAGACAGAAAAAUGUGUUGAAAAGACGGCUGUCUCUUGGAAAUUGUAAUCAAGGAACGUUAGUUACUGUUUGUUUAAAUUGCAGAUCAAGCAGCUGUCUGCAGAGAUCAACUCACUGAUUGAAAAAAGGAUGGUGAGGAAUGACCCCAUUGAUGACAAGCUGUCCCUUUUCAGACAACAAGUAAGUGACUUUUUGACCUUUCUUUCAUAAGUUAAGUUAAUUUCUAAGAGUAAAAAGAAUAUUUAAUUCAAUAAAUAGUGGUGGUAGUGAAGUUUUGAGUCAAUUAAGAUGUCAAAGGCAUCAGAGAUUGCCAAGGUAGAUGGCAGGUUAACGAUUGAAGCCCCAUUAUCCACAUACAAAUUCUCCAAACUGAUCUCUAUACAUUCCCUCAAAGAAUUAGUUGAGAGAAUUUGAGAAAAGAUCAAAGCAUUUUUCUCGGAUGAUCAUUUUAUUAAUUCUCAUAACCUUAUCUCUUGACAAUCUAUGGAUAUUGUCGGGACAAAAUUGAUGUUGGUCGCUAUUGGCACCAUAAAGGCUUAAGAGUAUUUUCAAAAUUAUUUGGAAUGAAGAGCAAAAUAGUGAAGACAGUUGUGGCUUAAGUUCAAAUAAACAACUGUACACUAGCUUGGCAGGCGUAUCCUAGAACCACUGAUGAAUAAAGAGACUAAGUAAUCAUUUUUACAUGUCACCGAAUGAAUGUAGUCCUUCAGUCUUUCAUGAAUCAAUGUCCAUCCUCAGAGGGAAGGACCUUCCAUCUUUUGAGCAGUUGUAUCCGUGUUUCCAUCUUAUUGUCUUUCUAUUUCUCUUAUUCCAAAGGCUUCAAUAAUAGCGCGCAAGAAAGAAGCCGCUGCAGAGAAACUUCAAGAGGCGAUGGAUGAGGUAGCUGACCGUUAUUUCAUGAAAUAAAAGUGAUUUAUUUUGUAAUUAAUGCAAUGAUUGAUCGAGGGUUUUUGGGCUUGUUAAUUUCACGCCACAAGACGCCUCAAGACGGAGAUGGAUAUAUAAGGGGGUGGAACUGAAGUGGGGAUGUUUAGUUGUACAAUCGUUCUGUGAAACGUCAUUGGAAAUUCGUUCAGGAUGGGGAGAGCUCUUUGGCUAAAAUUUUUAAAAGAGAGUCUGAAGCUAACUGCCGUUUUGCAGGGGUUAGGGGCUGAGGGAAGGUUGAAUGUUGUGGGAGCAUAAACUUCUUUUGGAAGGGACCGUAAGUAACAACAACGGCGACGGGAGGGAAAACGUUACAUGUACUUUCCAAGUGAAACUUUGCUGAGAUUACGCCACUCAAUUUGUCAAAUAUAGCCUUGGCGAAUUCCCCUACAAGGUUCUAAAAGAGAACGAAGAAUUCGCUGUCGUGUGGUUUUCCUCCUCUAUCAGGACCAUAAAACGUCGUACUGUUUUGUUUCGUAUUUUUAAUUUCGCGUUGCAAUAACCGUAGUUCUUAUUUUUAUCGAGAGGUUUAAACUAUUUGUUUGUGUGUAACUUCAAGGUUUCCAGUGCGGAGGCUGACUACCAGAAAAAGAAGGAACUGCUUAAGGAAAGUGAAGGAUCCGAGGUGUUAAAAGGAGACGAGGUAUGUUUCAAUAGCAGAAGCAAUCUCCGAAUAUUAGAGACCUUUAGAUUCUAAGACGAAAACGAAUACGAGUACGAGAUUUUCUCAAUAGUAAGUAGCUCUCGCGCGUGAGGCAGCGUCAUUUUGGCGGGAAAACGUGAUAGCUGUCGUCAUUCUACUACGACGGAGUUUUAGCGAGAGUGUCGUAGUGACGGGAACAAGUUAUAAAAUGUUAGUAGUUUAAGCAUUUUGCAAUCGGGAGAGUUCUUAACCUCCUUCAAUAACGAUAACAGUGCUAACAUCUCUGGUGAAAAAAAGGGCAAUUAAGAACUCCGGGGUGUCUAUUUUUUGACAAUACGUUAAAUCAAAUCUCGUACUCGUAGUCGUUGUACUCCUCGAAUCUAUUAAAGGUCUCUAUUAACCUUUAUAUUUUGCACUAAAACCUUUCACAAAUACUAUUAUGGUCUCUUCCCAAUUGCAGUUCAAGAGGUACGUGAAUAAGCUGAGAGGAAAAAGUACUGUGUAUAAAAAGAAACGACAAGAGGUAGGUAAAUCAACUUGUUGUAAACCAAGAAGGGUAUAAUUAUUUUCAGCAUGUCUAAAGCAUGAAAUUUGACAGACGUACGCGAGCAUGGAGUUUUUACUUAUCCGAGUUUUUCAUUUUCAUAAGUCGCACCUUUGCGAUGAUCUUCUUUGCAUUUAUUUCUUCAUUCCGCGGUCCCAAUAUAUUCAUCUGGUCAUUUCCUCUUCAUCUUUGCCGUGUAUAUUACGAACCAAUUUAAUGACCAGUUCCCAGUUGGCAUAAUAGCUCCGCUGCACUGGUAUCGCAGAGGUCUAGGUUCAUAUCCCGACAAGGCUGAAUUGUUUCAGGCUUUCUUUACGCAACUGCAUAAGUUACGUUUUUAACACCCUGUGAGCACAGACGGUCCAAACUCACGUUACGAGGAAAAAAAGACGCGUGACCUUUGUGCUGGACGCGCCGGUGUCGCGUUACAGGCGACCUUUGAAAAUAAGAGACUUUGUAUGAGAAAUAAUAUACUGAGAUCUGCAAACGCUAAAUAACGUUAAAUCUCCUUCAAUGAAAUGAAUAGAAAAGACGUAGCUGCGAUGUUUUGGUUUACGGCGCGUCCAGCACAAAGGUCACGCGUCACCUUCCCUCGUAACGUGUGUCAGGGCCGCCUGUGCUGCGAGCGUAGCCUCCUUUUGCCUUUUUCUUGAUAGAGGUGAGCGCGCCAAAUUUGAGGAAGCAAAAGAAACGCUCUGCUAGCAAGGCGCGUUUUUAACUGGAGUGUUCUCCUUUGCACAUAUUUUUAAAGUUCUAUUUGUCUUUUCUGUUUUUAGUUGGCGGAGCUUCGUGCGGAGUAUGGUGUUCUUGCCAGGACAGAAGAAAUCCUUAAAGCGAAGGACGACACCUUCCAGCAACAGAUGGUAAUGAUUUAACCUUUUUACUGCAAAAUUUAACUUUUAAGAGAGGUCUAAUUUUUUGAAAAGGAUGAAUAAUUUCAUUUCAUUGCUGCCAUGAACGCUCACUAUUUCAUCAAUGCCGACAAUCUGUUGUUGAGUAUGAAGUCCCUACUCACAUGUAACCUGCGUGACAGGUGUUAAAAGGGGAAGGGGAAGGAGGAAUUUGGGCGCGCGAGAGCGCGUGGGGCACUCCCCUCCUCCCUCCUCCCUCGCGCGUCGUCUCGAGCCCUAAUUCCCUUCCCCUUCCCUUUCGAACGCCUGCCACGCAGGUUAACUCAUAUGGUGCUCUGUAUUGUUCCUUUAUAGGCGAACUUGGAGGCCAAAAAGGGCGUGUCAGGUUUCCAUGAGACACAAGAACAACUGGAAAAUGUGUCUACCAAGAAAAGUGAACUGGAUGAACAGAAGGGGAAAACACUGGAGGAUAUCUCUGAACUGGUAGGGAGGAGAUGGAUGGUUUCUUAUGUACAACAAUUGGUUCAUACGCAGGGGAGUGGACUAAAGAAUUCAAACUCACAGGUUUUUCAUCAUGAUGGGAAGGGGUUCCACGGUACCAUUUUUGGCAAAUGCCACAAGUGUAAAUAAUACAGGGUUGGUUCAGGUGUUGUUUUUUUUAUGUUAUUUACUAGUAAGUGGUCAUUUUUUUCUUCAGGUUCGCCAGUUAAAUGCCACAAUUUCCGAUAAGAAGAGCUCUUUGGCUCCAAUCAUCAAGGAACUGAGGCCUAUGAGACAAAAAUGCCAGGUACUCAGUUCUCGCUUUUCUUCCUUCGUUUCCCUUGUAUGUCCGAUGUUCAUGUUACAUAUCAUUGCGUUUUAAUUUGUUUUUUAACAUUUGUCGUUAAUUCUCUUUGUUACAAUCAACUGUUGUAAUUUCUAAAAGGAAAUGAGUGGAGAGUACGAAGAAAAGAAAGCUGCGUACGAGAAUUUAGCUGCAGGACUCGAGAGCAACAUGUCAAAAUUAGAACAGGUACGAAAACUUUGCAAGAAUUUCUUUAAAUGACAAAAUUCAGUAACUCUUAUUGAAAUGAUCACACUCUAGAUUUUCGUCCACAAACUCAAAAGUAAAUAAUAAUGAUGACGAUGAUGAUAAUGAAUGCUUCAUUUAUCUUGCAAAAAAAUAAAUCAGCUGAGUUUAAAAAAGAAACAGCUGGUAUAAACCUAUGCGCGGUAAUAAAAUAUUUCAAGAUGAGAACGAUAGAACAACUCAAAUCACACCUCUCAUCAUUUGACUUUCAUUGAAAGGAUUGUCUUGCUUAAUAACAUUCGGCGUUUUUGUUUUUAGGAAGUACGCGUACUUCGUGAAGAAAUAACACAUGAAGAAGGCCGCUACCAUUAUUUACACUGCAUGUUAAAGGUAAGACAAACCCGCUCGUUUGAGACGUUUUUGAUAUUGUUUAACUAAUUUGAUAAACUUGCAUUAGGCCGAAAUUGCACGCUGUUGUGUUAAUUUAUUUUUAUUUUCCCCAUCAUUCAGGUACUUGAAGUACAACAGAAGCGAAUUGAUGAUGAACUGAAGGCUUACCGUUCCGCGGAUACUGCAGAUCGUAAAAAGUCCUUCAGGUACUCAGAUAGAUGACUGUUUUAUGUUAAACAAGUCCCAGCCCCCCUCCUCCCCUUUCCAUUUACUAAGGCCCUGUUUACAUGGAGGUGCAGGAUCCCAGGUAGAUGAGGGGUAACCUGCUGCGAGUCACCCCACCUAUCAUGUAAACGUGGUUGAAUUAAAAUUAGAGAUUAUAAGGAAAGGCGGGUUACCCCACCUACCUGCUGGCCCCCACCUCCAUGUAAACAAGCCCUAAAACUGAAUACGACCUACGUUGCGCAGCGAUUGUCAAGCGUGACCCUUUGCUUAAAAAAAGAAAAUGUUUAUACUGGGUUUUAGCGCUUUAGUUUGAUUUCGAGGACUUAACCAAGUAUCGCAAUAGGUUUUUCGGGAUGCAGGAUUUGACUUAUUCAAAGACCGGGAUUUAGGAAAGUAUAAGUAUGUUUGGGUUGAGGGAUGCCGAAAUUAACCGUCGGGAUUACAGGAUUAGAAGGUCGGGUUGAUGGGAUUGAAGACCCCCGUGAAAUUUAUAACCUUUCCUAAACAUUGUGGUUUCUUUUAGGGAGCAGUUUACUAAAAAGAUUCAAGAACAAGAAAAUUUGGGAAAGGUAUGAAAGACAACAAAGCAUCACUGAACCUCGUUACCCUGUUCAAGCUCUUAGAUUAAGCUUUACUUUUUGAUUCCUUCAGAGUCUGCGCGAUAAACAAAAAUCUGUACGAGAAAACCAAGCACCUAACAUGAAACAAAUGAAGAUGUGGAGCGUAAGUAAAAACCCGGUCAAAAUCUUAGUUCAACAACUAGAACUGUUUUGAUUAUCAAAACACGGAAGCGUUAGUGUAUUAUUAAUGUAGCAUUACUAGGGGUAAUGGUGGUAUAUACAUGUAUAUGAAGUAUGCGUGUAGAUAGUUAACGUAUAAUGUGUGUGUAAAAUGUAUGUAUUAUGUAUGCAAUAUGUAUGUAGCAUGUAUGUAAUUUGUAUGUGAAAUGUAUGUAGUAUAUAUGCAGUAUGUAUGUAACAUGUAUGUAAAAUGUAUGUAGUAUGUAUGCAGUAUGUAACAUGUAUGUAAUUUGUAUGGAAGAUGUAUGUAGUAUAUAUGCAGUAUGUAUGUAACAUGUAUGUAAAAUGUAUGUAGUAUGUAUGCAGUAUGUAACAUGUAUGUAAUUUGUAUGUGAAAUGUAUGUAGUAUAUAUGCAGUAUGUAUGUAACAUGUAUGUAAAAUGUAUGUAGUAUGUAUGCAGUAUGUAACAUGUAUGUAAUUUGUAUGUGAAAUGUUGUAGUAUGUAUGCAAUAUGUAUGUAGCAUGUAUGUAAUUUGUAUGUGAAAUGUAUGUAGUAUGUAUGCAAUAUGUAUGUAGCAUGUAUGUAAUUUGUAUGUAAAAUGUAUGUAGUAUGUAUGCAAUAUGUAUGUAGCAUGUAUGUAAUUUGUAUGUAAAAUGUAUGUAGUAUGUAUGCAAUAUGUAUGUAACAUUUAUGUAAUUUGUAUGUGAAAUGUAUGCAGUAUGUAUGCAAUAUGUAUCAAGAUGUAUGUUAUUGUAUGAAAAUGUAUGUAGUACGUAUGCAAUAUGUAUGUAAUUUGUAUGUAAAAUGUUUGUAGUACGUGUGCAAUAUGUUUGCAGCAUGUAUGUAAUUUUUUAUGUAAAAUGUUUGUAGUACGUGUGCAAUAUGUAUGUAGCAUGUAUCUAAUUUGUAUGUGUAAUGUAUGUAUGCGCUGGGAAAAGCAUAUGAUGUAUCCAUGCGAGUGUCUGGGUACUGCGAUGAGGUCGAGUUAUUAUGCGGUAGCAAGAGAGAAUGAUCGUAGCUCAUUCACUCUUGGCGGUAAUGAGGGGUUUCAGCUCUGUAGCAGUCACCUAAACUGUUCUAAAAUAAUUUCUUACUCUUUCAAUCCAGGAUCUUGCAAAAUUGUUAGAGUGCAAGAGAACCUGUAUGUUGAAGCAAGAGCAAGACAACCAGAGUGGGGCGGCUACCCUGACACAUCAGGGGCAAGAUGGAGAAAAUUUGUUGGUGCUUUGA